UACAGCUGCUAGUUUUGUCCAAGCGCAACCUGGAGAGGCACGGAGACAAUUUUUUCACCACAUCUGCAAUACGCCACCUGAUUCAAAAGGGUCAUCAGUGAUUGCGCCGUGUGAGAAAACCGCAACUGAGACGUCGACUAAAUCUCCUUCUCCUCCCAGAAAGUGUGGUUUUGGUCCAAAUCAGGCUAUCUCGGCCAUCAUUGCCAAGGAAACGACCUCCAAGAAUUCAAAGAGUAGAAUUUCGGAAAGAAAAGGAUCAGCCAAGGAAAUUGCUCCAGGUCGUGUAGAAGGAACUGAAAGUCCACACAAUUCUCCGCCCCAAAUCUUUAAGAGGAUGACUCAUAAGAAGUUGAGGCGCUGCAUCCAAGAAAAGACAAGCAAGGCUCAGACAAGUGGUUCGAAUUCAAGACAUGCAUCCACACUCACCAAGCCCAAAUCUUACAGUUCAGAGCACCAAAAGAGCCUGCCACUGACGAUGCCGAGGAAAAGCUCCCUUGGUGCAUCAUCUCAAGCUCUGAGAAAAACUUUAAGUCCGAGGAACACCCCAGCUGAAGCAUCAAUGAAAAAGUCCCCAAACAAGGCGCUUAGUGUUACAGGCAUCUCUCCAUCAAAGACCACCCAUCCUAACAUAGCACCAUCGUGUCUGAAGAAGAUCUUACCCGACCAUUUGCAGGGUCCCUACCCAACCGUUGACUCAGGUGACUUGGAGUACGUCAUGACCAGUUUGGGGAGAAAGGUGGUAUUAGGACGCGGCAAUAAUGGGGAGGUCUUACUGAUGCGUCGCCAUAGUGAUGGUACACUCCUUGCCGUCAAGAGGCUUUGCAAUAAACGCUUCAGGAUCAAGUACAUGCUCCAGGAGCUUGCAGCCAUGCAAGCCGUGUCCAGCUGUCCCUUUUUUCCAAAGCUUUUUGGCGUGGUAGACAACAGCUCCUUCGCUCAGGAAUUCCUUGGGGACGAGAGCACCAACCACGCUGUGAAUUUUGCCGCAGCACGGUUCACCUACGGCCUGCUGACAGCACGCGAGUGGUUGUACGUCUGUCGGGACAUCGCCGAAGGCUUGAAAGCGUUACAUCGCACAGGCUGGGUGCACAACGACCUGCACGUCGGCAAUGCCAUGUUGUGCCCGAGACCUUCGGGGUCAAAGGUUGGGUGGACGGCAAAGAUUAUUGACCUGGGGCUUGCCUACCCACUCCAAAAUCUUCCCCCCGCCUACAAGCUGACUCAUGAAGAAAAGCAGUGUUACUACCAGAUGCGCAAACAGGUUGCUCCCGAGAUAGUUGAAGGCAAGACCCAGUUCUCUACAAAGUCAGACAUCUACAGCCUUGGAAAGCUGUUCUUGGACAUAGCCUUCAACUCGAGUUCUCUUCACGGCUUACGACACCUCGGCUUGGCGUGCAUGAUUCGCAGCCCGGCUCACAGACCGACGCUGAGUAGUGUUCUCAAGAAACUAGACGGUCUGUGCUCCAAGAUGGCCAAAUCCAAGCUGCCUCCAUUGCCUCCACCUUAA